AUGGAGUCUUCUCUACUCUCCUCCGAGUUUCCACAUCUUUCUUCUUCUUCUGCUGCUGCUACGCCGGUGUCUCUGCGCAACUGGAAUCAGAUAUUUGCCCCGAACCCCUCAUCUGCUUCCAAAGUCUUCAACUUUUUGCAUCAUCCUUCAGAACCUGAUAUUAUCCCCUUUUCAAGUGAAAAGCUUGCUAAAGGGGGAGAUGAUUGGAGACUUUGUCUUGUGGGCUACUCUAUAGGUCGGAGGCCCUUUUAUGAAGCUUUGCUGGGAGCGAUCAAUAAAACGUGGAAUCUAAAAGGUUCUCUGCAACUCCUUUCGCUAAGUGAUGGCUUUUUCCUUUUUCGUUUUUCUUGUGUAGAGGAUUACGAUAUGGCUUGGUCUAAAGGUGUGUGGUUUUUGCUUGGAAAACCCUUUGUUCUGCAAAAGUGGCACCCUAAAUUUAAACCUAAGAGAGAAAAUUUCGCCACAGUUCCUAUAUGGGUUAAAAUACACGACCUUCCCCUUGCAUGCUGGAAUUCGGAGGGUAUCUCAAGAAUAGCUAGCAAGAUUGGAGUUCCUUUAGCUGCUGACCACCUCACGGAGCAAAAAACUAGGCUUACCUUUGCUCGUGUAUGUGUUCUUGUUGACUGUAAUGCAACAUAUCCUGAUUUUAUCAAGGUUUCUCUGGAUGGCGACAUAGUUGAAUUGAAGGUGCAAUAUGAAUGGAGGCCGGUGCUCUGUGAACAUUGUAAGUCUCUUGUUCACUACUCUUCUUCAUGCCCUCAAAAUCCAAAAUCUUCUGAAAAUGAUAUGGUGAAUAAUUUCCCCAAAACUCGUGGUAGAAGUUUCAGUAAAAAACCAACCAAUCGUUUUUCUUCUAAGCCCCCCACGAACAACAGACCUCCCAGGUCGGAUUCCAGACCUAAAGAUGGCUCCAUUCCAACUAUUGCUGGUCCGUCCUCUACUCCUACUUCACCUAAACAUUUAAAUAGCAUUGGACAACCUUUACACUAUCAAGCUCACUCGCCUCCCCCUACGUCAAAUAAAGAUAUCCUUCAGUCUAAACCUUUGGCUGAGGAUAUGCCGUCCAAAGAAAUUUCUGACUCUUCAUCCUCCAUGAAGAUCAUUUCACACAACCAAUCUACUGCCAUUACCUCACCUAACAAGUUUGAAAUUUUUAAUUCUCAAACUGAAUCGGAUCUGCAAGAGGUUUUGGUUACCGAAAAUGAUUUGGUGGGUAAUUCUCUCAAGCAACCUGGGAAAAGUAAGAAGCAGCCAACGCUUGACAUGCUCUGUUUGCUGGAAACUCGUAUUCACGCACCUUCUCUGGUGGACCCCUUUUUUGACUCUGCUCAUUCUUUAUUCCCGAAUGAAGCUAGUAUUAAUAAUUUUAACCUCUCUUCCUCUGGUAGGAUUUGGGUUAAAUGGAAUUCUGAAAAGCUUGCUUUUUCCCCUACUGUUGUGACUACACAAUUAAUCAAUGGACUUGUUACUGUAGGUAAUCUACCCCCUUUUCAAUUAUCUAUUGUCUAUGCGGCUAAUAGUUUUUUUGACAGAAAAGAACUUUGGGCUUCUAUCUGUCAAGUGGCUCCCUCUUCUACUCUCCCUUGGGCUGUCUUGGGAGACUUCAAUUGUUGUCGCUAUGCUAAUGAGAAGUCUGGCGGUUCUGCUCUUCACCAUUCUAGCUUGGUGGAUCUAAAUUCCAUGAUUUUUGCUAAUAGCUUGAUGGAUUUGCACUCUGUGGGUAACUUCUUUACUUGGUUUAACCAGCAAGCUUCAAACCCCAUUUUUAUUAAAUUGGAUCGUGCUCUUGUUAAUGAUGAUUGGGUGAAGAACUUUCCUUCUUCUUUCUGCUCUUAUCAGAGCCCCUCUUGCUCGGAUCACUCUCCGAUCAUUUUACAUUCUGGGGACUCCUCUACCUCUCAUCACCGUUUUUUAUUUAAGAAUUUUUGGACUAAGCAUGAUAGAUACUGGUCUUUUCUUUUAAAUGCUUUGUCUUUGCCGCUAGUAGGGAACCCAUUAUCUCAUUUUUGCAAUGUUCUCAAAUGUUUGAAAGGUGAUUUAAAGAAUCAUGAUUGGGCAAACUCUAAUUCUUUAGAUGUGCAACUUGAAGCCCUUCAUGUCAAACAACAAAGUCUUUUGCAUUUAAUUCAGAAUAAUCCAUCAGAAGCUGCCCUCCUUGUAGCUCUCAAAGACAUAAAUUUACAUAUUUCUGAAGUUUCUUCUAUGAAGGCCAUUGAGAGGAGAAGGAAGAAAAGGAUUGCAAAAAUUAUGGGGAUUAAUAUGGUUGAUGAAAUGGAGUAUUUGGGAACCAAGAUUGCUCUAAGGAGAUUGAGAAAAGUUUAUUUCCAAAUUCUUUUGGAUAGUUGUUUGAAGAUAUUAAAUGCUUGGGGGAAUAGAUGCAUUUCCCUUGUUGGAAGACUGGUUUUGGUGAAGAUGGUUUUUAUUAAUCUUCCCUUAUUUUUUAUGCCUCAUUCCCUUGUUCCUUUAAGUAUAUUGAAGGAAUUUGAGAAACUUUAUAGGAAUUUUAUUUGGAAUAAGCAUGAUGGAAGUCAUGGGAUGCACUAUGUGGCUUGGGAAGUGCUGUGCAAACCAAAAGCAUUGGGUGGUUGGGGAAUACAGUCAGCUGUGUCCAGCUUGGAACCGUUGAGGGCAAAGUUUGCAUGGAAAUUAUUGGUUAAUCCAACCUCCGGCAAACAAAAAUUUAUUGGCCAAAUAUGGUGA